AUGAAUGCCUUAGGACUUAGCGUUACGGAAGCGGCUCAAAAUCAUUAUAAUCUCUUUAAAAACGAAUUAGACCAAGAUAUUAUCCAAAAGGAACUAGAAAUUCCCGAAGAAUUUAUUUAUCAAGAUGAAACUGGUCAAGCGCAGAUAAUUCCCGCCCAUACUUCCCUUACCCGUGAACAAGUAGAAAUAAUAGUUGAAAAAAGCCGAGAGAAAUUAUUAAAAAAAAUUCGCUAUGGUAAAAUAAUACUCAUGGCUGAUGCUGACCCAGAUGGUAGACACAUUGAAUGUUUAGGAUUAAAUUUUUUUAUUCGUUAUUUUCGUUAUUUGAUUGAAGAUUGUCGCUUGCAUUUAGCGGUUACUCCGCUCUAUCAAAAAUAUCGGCAAGAAAAUAAAAAAGUCACCGGUAGUUUACAACGAUUUAAAGGAUUGGGAGAAAUGAACGCCAAACAAUUGCGAGACAUUACCGUUCAAGAUUUAAUGGGUCCGAAAAGCGAACCUCGGAAAAAACUUUUAGAGAGUGGUGAAUAUAAACAUGCCGAGUUAAAGGCAAUUGACAGUAGAGUAGAUAUCAAAGAAGCCUUGCUAGUAAAAUUUUCUGAUUACGGUUAUGAGGUAGUAGAAGAACGGGCUCUAACUCAAUUACAAGACGGUUUAAAACCAGUCCAGCGUUAUAUCCUCUAUGUUUUUUAUAUCUUAGGUUAUUUACCCAAUAAACCCCAUAAAAAGGUACCGGGAGCAAUUGGGGAUAUUAUUAAAUACCAUCCUCAUGGUGACCAAAGUUCAAUCGAUGGUGACUCUGCUGCCGCCUUUCGUUAUACCGAAGCUCGUUUGACUCGUUUUGAACCUGAAGUAUUACCGCCCCACCUUAAUUUGUUACUCAAUGGUUCUAGUGGUAUUGCGGUAGGAAUGAGCGCUAACCUCCCUCCUCACAAUUUAGGAGAAGUAGUUGACUUAACCAUUGAUUUGCUUAAUAACCCGCAACUUAACACCGAAGAAUUAGAAAGGGGGAAAACUACUCAAUGUUUGGCCUGCCAAAGUCCAAAAAUCAAAUUAAAUUACUUUGGACCCGAUUUUCCCACUGGCGGGCAAGUGUUAGAACGAGAGAAAUUUUUAGAAAUCUACGAAAAAGGUGAAUGCCCCAAAGGUAGAGGUACUAUUUACAUUCGGGCCAAAGCCGAAAUUGUUUCCAGCAAGCAAGACAAAGAAAAAAAAGAUCUAAUUAGGAUUGUUGAAUUGCCUUUUAAGGUUAAUAAGUCAAAAGAGCAAGGAAUUAAUGUUGGUAGUAGCGAAGUUGAUGUUAUAUGUAAUCAAAUUUCUAAGAGUAGCCUUGGUGGAUAUCAUGCUAAACUUAGAGUAGAAUUUUAUUGUUUAUUGAGUAAUAUCAUAACUGAGGAAAGUCCGUACUCGCACUUACUGGAAUCAGAUGGUCUAUUAGCCUAUAAAAGUGCCAUAGUGACGAUUACUUGGGAAACCGAGGAAGUGGAACGCCAAGUAAUUGACAACUCGAUUGAUGAAGCAGUUGGUGGUUAUUGUAGUGAGAUCAAAAUAACUCUUUCCGCCGACCAAAAAGAAAUUACAGUGGAAGAUAAUGGUCGGG